UAGAAUGGUAGUUUGAGUGCCUGCCAGUUGUUGAUCAAUUUGUGUGUGCUUCAAGGUUAUAGCAUGACUGACCAAGCUUGUCAGGAAAUUAGACGUCUUUCAUCAAAUUCGCCUAAUCUAGUCCCUGAAGUAUAUUAUGCUCAGUUUGGUGCUCAGCAGUAUUUAACUAACACAGUCAUUAAUACUGUUUUUUCUACAUCAAGCUCAUCAAUCCUUCCUAUAUAUGCUGCACGGUUUGCUUUGAAUGGCACAUAUUUAGAUUUAAGCCUCGUCAACGAUACCAUCAUGUUGUGUAAAGAUCGUCCUUCAAAGAUGGCUGCCACUUGGCAAAUUGGUGUUCAUUAUGAAAUACAGUGUUCUCUUGACCCCAUUGCUCUUAUUACUGAUGGCUCUAGCCCUAUAUUCUAUGAUAUAUAUCUCAAAGAUGGUAAUAUGUUGGUGCCCAUUCCAGUCUUAAUUAGUGGCUAUAGGGACAAUAAUGGUGUCCUUGUUAAUGAAGGUAUGUGUAAUUAUGUGUAUGCAUAAUUACCUACAUACUACUGUACAAGUAUGAUGUAUUUGUACAA